AUGGACACACCCAAUUCAGGUGCCCCGGGUCAGACCGAGGGCACUGUGACCACCCAAUCCAGUCAGCUCGUUGAAACCUCGCCUUCAAAUCCUCCAUCUACCGCUGUUCCAUCCGAAGAACCAGAGCAUGCGUACUGGGCUGAGUACGAGGAGGACACCACGUCUCCGGACGAGGAUGAGAUGAAAGAAAUCGACGGCGGGGACUCGGACUAUAGCGCCUCUGAUCACAAGUACUGGGAAACCAAUUUCUUCCGUGAACUGGGAGAUCCCGAGUACGUGCCCACUGAAAAGGCCCGCCUCACAUGGACCUUGAAGGGCGUACGAGGCACACCGGAAAACCCCAACCGGCAUAAGGUCCUCAGAUCUCCCGCAGCAUUCGUUGGGGGUUAUUGGUGGCGCAUCAAGUUUUAUCCCAGGGGCAAUAACGUCAAUGCUCUGAGUGUCUAUCUUGAGUGUUCUACCACGAUGCCUGCGCCAGAUGAUGACCUCCCGGAGAUGGAUUUCACCGUCCGCCGAGGCGGACCCGAUGCAUCGCUAGAUGACAGCUCCCCGGAGGUUGAAGUGAAGACCGGGGCCACUGACGAUGUGUCUACAUGGCUGGAAAACUAUAAAUCGCAAUACGCGGCUGCCAAAAAUGCCGCGCAUCCCAGUGAGACUGAACCAUCUACGGCGUGGCGUGUGCCCGCACAGGUGGGCGUUAUUGUAUACAAUCCUCAAGAGCCGCGUACCGGGUGGAUGCAGUCGUCCUGUCAUCAGUUCAACCCCCACAACUUGGACUGGGGGUGGACUUAUUUCCAUGGUCCUUGGGACCAGAUUCACUCCCGUCGACGAGGUCAGCACCGCGCUCUACUCACUGACGAUACGCUUUCCUUUGAUGCGUACAUUCGAGUGGUCGAUGAUCCCACCAAGUCUCUUUGGUGGCACCCAAGUGAUUCCGAGCCUACUUGGGAUAGCAUGGCUUUGACCGGAUAUCGACCUCUCGGCGACUCGAUCAUCAACCACAGUCCAGAAGUUGCCGGUCUCGCUUCAUGGUUGCACAUUGCUCCAUUUUGUCACAUUAUCCAGAGUAUUGAUGUUCUUGAACAUCUCACUAAUGCCCAGGCCAGGCCCAAGCCCCUGUGCGACGCUCUUCAGAGGUUGCUUUGGCAACUCCGCCGCCAGACAAAGUCCCCAAGUUACGUGGACACUGAUGCAGUGACAACAACUCUCCGCAAUCUGCACGAAUUCUCCAGUGACGUAACUGAAUUUUGGGAACGCCUGCGUCGCACUUUGGAAUUGGAGCUAGAAGGAACAGAAGCUGGCAAGAAGUUCGCCGAGCUGUUUGAUAGCCCGAUCAUCGACACUUUGUCGGCUGAUGAAGAUGUUACUGUGAACAGGUUGCCUACAGACUUCAACUCCCGUCUGUACAUGCGAAUCGAUCAAACCAAAUCCGUAUCGGAGGCUGUCAGCAGCUAUUUGAGUGCCAAACCCGGUCGUUGGUCGCUGCCUCAGGUCUUGCACAUUGAGAUUGGGCGCCACACAUUGGACAAGGCUAAGCGGUGGCAGUUGCAGUACGACAAGGUCCAACUGGACGAAGAGUUGGAUCUCUCCCCAUGGGUCGCCGACGGUCAAGGGACUAAAUAUGUUCUGUAUGGAUAUAUCGUUCACCGUGGUCGCCGCACCUCUGGCAAAUUCUUUAGCAUCCUGCGCCCGGCUGGUCCUGGCACCACAUGGCUUGCUUUUGAUGAUGGCAGUGACAACCGUGUUGAGUGUCUCACUCAAAAGACAGCCAUGGGCCCACACCUAGGUCUUGACCCUUCUCAGUCCGUUGACCACAAGAAGGGACACGACAUACCUGUUGUGGCUAUGUAUGUCCGUGGUGACAUGGUCUCCAAUUUGUUGCCUGGUUCACAGGGACCUUGGGAAACUUCGGAAACUAUGAAGCAAUACUAUGAAACGGGAGUUUAUCAUACCGGUGACAAGCCUGCUGAGGAUGUCAAGGUGGAGGUCUACUCUCUUCCACAGUAUGAUGGAUUGAGCAGUCUUUUUGAUUCACAUGGUCUUAUGGCACAGGCCAAAGCGACAGACAACGUUAUGCAUAUGGUCUUUCCUCGUUCAACACGCUUGGUCGAACUUCGCAAAUCAAUCGCUGCACGCAAAUCCACGACCUGCGAGCCAGUCAGCCCUGAACGCAUUCGCUUUUGGCAAAUCGGCAACUCCUUUGCGCAGUCUAGCUCAUCACUGACCUUUGAUCGAGCAACCAAUCUUGAGGUUCCAUUGGAUCCCUCGCUAAAUAACAUUCAAUUUUGGAUGGAAGUCAUUUCAGAAGAGGACGCUCAAUUCUUUGCGAUUCCAGAUCCCCCUGCGGCCAUUACAUCGGAUGAUAAGCCUGAAGACCAUUUAGUUCAAGUUUUAGGAUCUGAAGGUUCGGCGAACGCACCAUCAUCCGUAGUAGAGGGAGAUGCCAUUGCCAGUUCCUCGGAAACUUCUCCUCGGGCAGCGACCGCCCUCACAGACACUCUUGCCCCGGCCUUGGAUAAUAACGAACUGCCUCAGGUGGCCACAAGCUCACCGGAAAGCAAUAGCGUCGUCACUGAGCGGGAGAGUGAAGUGGAUGUACAAGUGGUAGCAUCUACAGAAGCCACAAGCUCCGCUCCUCUUACUUCCCCCGAGGAUGUAUCCUCCACGGAUAUUGCACCUCAAACUCAAGUUGAGCCCAAAGUCAACUUACCUGUUUCCCAUGCAUACUACUUCAUCCAAAUCUUCGAUGCGGAUAGUCAGUUGCUAAGGACGGUGGGAUCGUUCUUUUCGAAACUCGAUGCCAACGUCAAGGCCUCGAUUCGACGUCACCUUAAUCGACCUAUUCGUCAAGAUUUCUUGAUGUGGAAGCGGGUUGAUGGUGCCACAGUCACCAAUGUGUCACCGGCCGAUAGCUUUGAUGAUGUGGUGGCUCCCCACGGUGUAUGCUUCAUCAUCGGAGACAAGUUGACCAAGGAUAAACGCUCCCAGCUUGCAUCCACAGGAAUGUUCACUAGUCCUGAUCGUCUGGUUCAAUAUCUGUGGGCCAAUUCCCGUGGUCAUCCGAUCCAUGGUUUCACUGGUACCAAAACCAUCGAGGCCACAUUCACGCAGGAUUACUACAGCGGUGAUUUCGUCAAGGGCCACCAGCACGGCAAAGGAACCCACAUCUCCGGCAACGGUAUGGUCUACGAGGGUGACUUUAUCUUUGGUCGACGCCAUGGUCAAGGCAAAUUGGUCUAUCCCACGGGUGACUCAUAUGACGGUGACUGGGUCGAGGAUGUGUGUCAUGGACAAGGCACAUAUGUCGAGAAGACAACGGGCAACAAGUACGUUGGCGGAUUCAAAGACGGCAAACGCCAUGGCAAGGGAAUUAGCUACUGGGAGGUAGCCGAUGCAGAGCUUGACCUGUGUCAAAUUUGCUACACGGAAGAGAUGGACGCUGUCUUUGCAGAGUGCGGCCAUCUCUGCUCGUGUGUGACAUGUGCCAAUCUUGUGAGCCUUUGUCCAAUGUGCCGCAAGGAAGUGAAGAAGGUGAUCAAGAUUUAUCGGGCAUAG